CUCGAGCAGUCUUUGUUUGCCUGAGUUGAACUUCCUUGCCAUCGCUCGGAGUAUGUGCACGCAAGUCCCACUCCGGCUGUUGCGGGCAGGCAGACAUGCAAUCCAUCCGCUUCCAGUCGCCUGGCCUUCUCACGAAGCAGAAGAGUCUGCAAGCCAGAGAACAUAAUUACACAGACAGCAUCCCUUGCGCCUCUCUCUCGUGAUUCCUCACAGCGCAGACAAUCGUCACAGACACAAAGCUCCUCUCCUUCCUACCCACGAUCAUCACUGCAGGCACAAAACAGCGGAUGGCCAUCGGACUUGCAGCUGUCGACCGCCGAUCUCAAGGCGACGACGCGACAAGAGAACAGCAAGUAGUCAACCGGGUAGAUACUUGCUCGCAGCAGCAGGCGCCAUUCCAACGCUCUCCUCUUUGAGAGAAUAUCAAGCCGGCCAUGUCGAAAGGCAGAAGGGCGCACUCGGAAACACCCUUCAGCCCUGCUUCCUACACCGCUCAACAGACGUCUCCGACCGCGCUCUCCAAACAGUCACGAGUACAAGGGAAUGGAUGGAUUGGAUGGAUAACAUUGCUGUUCACAUCGAAAGCUUGCGAUUGGUACAUUGAUAAACAGGAACGUGCGUAUAAGAAGAUAUGGCGUCAGUGGAAACGUUCAAGACACCCAAGACACCGCCACAUCAGGACCAAGCCGAGAAAAGUCUAGCGUACGUUGAGGAGUCGGGCGCAUGGGACCACAGAAGAGUGGGGGCGGCGCUGUUGCGCGGCGCGUUGUGGCAGCUAUACGUUGCAGUGCCUGCAGCAGAGCUUUAGCAUCAAGGGCGACGGACGCUUC